AUGUUCACACAGUUCGGAGCUACGGCGGAAUCGCUCAGCAAGGCCUCAACGAUGGUGUUCCGGAUCGGCACCGACGCCCAUCUCUACGACGAUCCGGAUGACGUCAGCAUUGCCCCACUCCUCGAUAGCAAGUUUGAUUCCGAGAAAUGCGAAGCUCUCAAGCGCUUACUCGCACUGAUCGCCCAAGGCUUCGACGUCUCCAAUUACUUCCCUCAGGUGGUGAAAAAUGUGGCCUCACAGUCAAUUGAAGUUAAGAAGCUCGUCUACUUGUAUCUGCUUCAUUAUGCUGAAAAGCGUCCGAAUGAGGCAUUGCUUUCAAUAAAUUGUUUUCAGAAGGAUUUGGGGGAUACAAACCCACUGGUGCGCGCGUGGGCUCUUCGUACAAUGGCUGGAAUUCGUUUACAUGUGAUUGCACCGCUUGUCCUGGUGGCAGUAUCUAAAUGUGUUAGGGAUCCAUCAGUCUAUGUCAGAAAAUGUGCUGCAAAUGCACUUCCUAAGUUGCACGAUUUACGAUUGGAGGAAAAUGUUGCUUCCAUUGAAGAGCUGGUUGGAAUUUUGCUGAAUGACAAUUCCCCUGGAGUAGUUGGAGCCGCUGCUGCAGCAUUUAAUUCCGUUUGUCCAAACAAUUUGUUUCUGAUUGGAAGAAAUUACAGAAGGUUAUGCGAGACUCUUCCAGAUGUGGAAGAAUGGGGUCAGAUUGUGUUGAUUGGGAUUCUUUUGCGAUAUGCAAUUGCAAGGCAUGGGCUAGUCAAAGAAUCCAUUAUGGUUUUUUCUCAUGCUUCAGAGAUUAAAGCUUCCGAUGAGGAGGAUUCUAAGACAUAUCCUAAUGAUAGUGAGGAUUCUGAUGCCAUUUUAGAACUUAAAAAAGGUCGCCUCAGCUUUACUGAUGGGAUAGGUACAUCUGAGAUUGCGAAUAUGGUCUCCAGGAGUUACCUCGAGGGACCAGAUAAAUAUAUAUCUCAGUAUAGACAUGCAGAUAAGCCAGCUCCUAGAGUAGGGGCUUUGCAUUAUACUUCUGCCAAAGAUAAUGAUGAUAUUAGGAUUCUGCUGCUGUGUACUUCCCCUCUUUUGUGGAGUCAUAACAGCGCAGUUGUACUAGCAGCCGCUGGAGUGCACUGGAUAAUGGCACCAAAAGAGGAUAUCAAGAAAAUUGUUAAGCCACAUCUGUUUUUGCUGAGAUCAUCCAGUGCUUCAAAAUAUUUGGUUCUCUGCAAUAUCCAAGUUUUUGCUAAAUCAAUGCCUUUUCUCUUUGCUCCUCACUUUGAAGAUUUUUUCAUCAGUAUUUCAGACUCCUCCCAAGUGAAGGCUUUGAAACUCGAGAUACUUUCCUUAAUUGCUACAGAAUCAUCAAUUUCUUCUAUUUUUCAAGAGUUCCAGGAUUAUGUGAAAGAUCCAGAUAGAAAAUUUGCUGCAGACACAGUAAUUGCUAUAGGGUUGUGCGCAGAACGAUUUCCAAAGGUAGCAAAUACAUGUUUGGAAGGGCUCUUGGCCAUUGCAUCCUCUGAACUCAAUGGUGAUAUUGGAUCAAAGGAUGGGGAAGCUCUAGUUUUAAUUCAGGCAAUACACUCGAUAAAAGCAAUCAUAAGGAAAGAUCCUUCCAGCUAUGAAAAGGUCAUUGUCCAUUUAAUUCGAAAGUUGGACUCCAUCCGAGUGGCUGCUGCUCGUGGAAUGAUUAUCUGGAUGGUUGGCGAAUACAAUGACAUUGGACCUGUCAUUAAGAAAGUCUUACCUGUUGUACUGAGGUAUUUAGCCCAGUGCUUUGCUAAGGAAGAUAUUGAAACAAAGCUCCAGAUUCUGAAUUCUUGCACCAAGGUCCUAUUACAUUCAAAAGAGGAAGAAUUGUUGGCAUCCAGUCAACUCUUUAAUUACCUGCUUGAUCUUGCUAGAUGUGACUUGAACUAUGAUGUUCGUGAUCGCGCUCGUCUUGUAAAGGAGCUUCUGUCUUUCCUAGUUGGGUCAAACCAUGCAGAGGGAUCAGGAGAACCACAGCACGAGACCAGGAAUGUCUCACGUGAUCUUGCAGAAAGUAUAUUUGUGAGACAGCUAAAAGAAGCAUUACCUGAACCUCUAAAUGCCAGGUUCUAUCUUCCUGGAUCUCUUUCACAAGUAGUUCUUCAUGCUGCUCCCGGCUAUGAACCUCUUCCAAGACCAUGCAGUCUAACCAUAGAGGAUUUUGGUACAAGCACAUUACAGGGAGUAAAGGUCCUCGGGGAUGGUGCUAGUCAAAGUGAGUUGGAUUCUGAUGAUCCUGAUUCUGUGUCUGGAUCUUUGAACGAAGAAAGUGACUCAGAUUAUAGCAAUGAAGAUUCAGUUGUUGAUUCAGAUAGUUUUGGUGACAGCAAUGUUGAUGGUUCAUCCAUUGAAAAUGGCAGCAAUGCAGGCCCAUUGAUUCAUCUAUCAGAUUUUGGCAAUCCUAGUGAGAAUCAGAAUGGAGGUUUACCGCAGGAUAACUCCAAUUCUGGCUCAAAUAAUCUCGAGGAAUUGAUAUCUGGACGAUCUCUUGAAUCUUGGUUGGAUGAGAAACCGAGUUCGACUCAUAAUGUUCCUGAAAAUAAUGAUACUAAGAUGUCAUCAGCCAGAAUCUCUAUUGGGGAUAUUGCUAGCCGAGUCAAGCAUAGAACACAUGCAUUGUUAGAUCCUGCGAACAGUAAUGGGUUAAGGGUGGAGUACAUGUUUUUGUCGGAGACAUCAACUCUAUCAUCUUUGCUUGUAUGCCUACAAGUUUCAUUUGUAAACUGUUCCACAGAGCCAAUGUCAAGUAUACAACUGGUGGAAGAUAACAAACCCCUCGAAUCUUCCGAGCAAGGGUCAGGGUUGUCUGAGAGGACUUCACCUCAUGGUGAACUGAGAAGUUUAGUUCCUAUGGAAGAUAUUUCUAGCUUGGAACCUGGUCAAACCACCACGAAAAUUAUACAAGUUCAGUUCCAUCAUCAUCUUUUGCCCCUUAAGCUGGUCUUAUGGUGUAAUGACAAGGCUUAUCCUGUAAAAUUGCGACCUGACAUUGGAUAUUUUGUAAAACCUCUUGCUCUGGAUGUGCAAGCAUUUUCAAGCAAGGAAGCUCAGCUGCCUGGGAUGUUUGAGUACACAAGGAGGUGUAUCUUUAUUGACCACAUUGAUGAGCUGAAAAGAGGUGACAACCCAGGUGUAAAGGAUCACUUUCUUGUUAUCUGUGAAUGUUUAGCUUUGAAAGUGCUUAGCAAUACAAACCUUUUCCUGGUAUCUGUGGACAUGCCUGUUUCUGCCAACCUUGAUGAUGCUUCUGGUUUACGGCUAAGAUUUAGUGGUGAACUUCUAAGUAAUUCAUUUCCUUGCUUAGUUAGUCUUGCCCUAGAGGGGACAUGCUUUGAGCCCCUGAAUAUUACUGUAAAAGUUAAUUGUGAAGAAACUGUUUUUGGUUUAAAUUUGUUAAAUAGAAUUGUGAACUCCCUGUCUGACUCAGUUUGAUCAACAUCAAUGUACCAUUUGAGAUCCAGUGAUUUUAAGGAUUUGGAGUAAUGUAUUUUGUGACGGUUUAACUUUUGUUGAUGGUAUUUCAUUUGAAUAUAAGAACAGAUCUUGGAAUAUCAGAGCUUCUUAUGUAGUUUUGCGGACAAUUUGUACAAAAUUUCUUUACUUCGGAAACAAGUAAAAGAAAACAUAAAUCAUGUUGUCGUGUGAAUAUGCGCGAUCUGUUUUAAGGGUUCUCAGUUUCUUGCACCGUGAUUGGCCUAUUGCAAUAUUGCUCACUUAGAGCUGAAUGGGCGCAAAUCUCAAUGAUUUGAAUGCUCGUUGACAAGUUUGGUUUCUUUGAUAAUGAUGUAAAAUAGUAAAAGCACAGGGUAAGGCUUUAAGCAAUACAUGUCACUUUUGUACCUGAACCAUUUUCUUUUUUAUUUGAAGACCUUUUGCAAGUAAUAUACAAUCAAGAUUUCCUCUCUGUACUUAAAAUAGCAAUUGAACAUCGACCCUAGCUGCUUAGCCACUAUCCAGGCGUUAGAUAAUUUGAUUUUGUAUAGAACGAGGAACUGAAUACUUUCUUUGCUUGGGAUUGCCUGAUUUCAUUCACAAUGAGAUUACAUAACGGAACUCAAAUGUGUAAGGUUGAAUCUCAAUCAUUUUAGCCAAGGAAGAUUUCCUAUCAUCAUUUAGGCAUUCUUUGAUCAACCUUUUCAGAGAUCCGGAUUGUGGCAACUGGCUGUAUAUCCACUCUAGUAAGGAUUGCAUGUCAUCUGCAAAGUCUCUCAUGUGCCACUCCACUAGUUUGGGCACCAUAAUCUUUUUCUUGUUCGUUACUCCGACAGCAGCUUCCAGGUACUCCACUUUUGCUCUUUCUAGUUCAUUCACGAUGUCGUCUGGUGUAUAAACCCUUAACUGCAGAUCAUUGUCAUUCAAGGUUAGCAGGUUUGCCUGACUGUACUGAGAUCAUGUCGGAAAAAGAAUAUACUCACUGCAGGGGAAGACCAGCAGCCUCGACAGAGAGCAAACGUGACUUUGGGUUCUGGAUAACCAAGACCGUAAGCAUGUCUUAGGAGCAUUUCCUUCUCAUGUGUAAGUCCCUUUGUUUUCCCCCAUGCAUCAGCAACAACUUAUUGUUAGCAUUCACAUCUAAAUUAUUUUCUGUUCUUUUUACAUUGACAUCCACAGAUUUUUGCCUUUCUUUUCCAGUAAAUAUUGAAAUUCAGACUUGGAGAAAAAAGUUCUUUUUUGGGUAAAAGACUUGGAAAAAAGCUGGUAUGAGCAAAAUUAAUGUGUUUGUGUUUCAUGCUGUCGUGUCGCUAUGUGACUGAGUCAUUUACAGUAUGACAAACAAGCAAGACUAACCUGUUUAUUUUCUGUUGGAUGACGAAGGAUAAAAUGCUCAAUUGCCAGAGCAUUCAUUACGAUACCGCCAACAUUUAUUGCUGCCUAAAAGUACACAUAUAGGUUAAGAAUGAUGUUUGUUAUUUAGCUUAUACUAGAAUCUAAUAAGUUUCCCAAUUACUUUCUUGUGGUUUGUCCACACCUCAUUCAUGGCUGUCAGUAGUUUGUCCUGGUUUGAAGGAAACCCAUGUUGCAGAAAUGCCUGAAAUACAUGACAUUUUAAUUUAUUCUAUCUGCCUUGUAUCUUAAGAAGAAAGUAUAAAGAUGUCUUACUGUACAUGCAUGAUGCACGCAUUGUAGGUGUUAAUCCAGAAUGCCAACUUCUGCUUGUAGGUCAAGUAGGAUAGGUCCACAUCUCUGAGCUUAUGCAUUAGAACCCUGAAAGAAAUUAGAGAUUUAGAUCAGCUUCUCUAAUCAGCAAGCCCUGCUUAAAAAAUGAGGGAUUAUCUAAGUUACCGCAAUUUUCUCAGUGCUGGGCGACAUUCAGAUAAGUGGCUUGUGUCAAUUGAAUUUCGAGUAAUCUGGACAAAAUCCUUAUAAGGUCCUAUGUCUCUAAUGGUGACAUCCACGUCUUGCAGUAUUCGAUAUGGAUCUAGAUUUGAUUUGUCAGAAUCCCAGUAGAAUGGGGAUGUCCUGCAACUGAAUGGUGUUUUUGACCUAAGGCCUCUUGGUUUCAUGUAGGAAAGGUUACACUUUGGAAAAAGAGCUGAUCCUUUCAUCUGGAAUGUUGCCUGGUUCAGCUCAAGGAAGAUGCCUAUUAAAGAUUUGAUGAGCUCCUCGGACAGCUUAUUCGGCUUAUCAUCAUCAAAUUCCAUGUGUAGUUGGCGAUGGCUUCCCCAACUUCUUGAACUUGAGCAUCUGGAAUUCUGGUCUAUUUCCUCUGUGAAGAUAGUUUCACUGGAUUCAAAGGGGGAGGAGCUUUGCAUAUCCAAGGAAGAACCAACAGAGGUCCUACCGUCCUGAGUAAUGCCAUGUUUUUUUUGUUGUGCACGAUCUGCACGAAGUUUCUGCUGGGAGAUUAGUUGCUUUUUGCGCCAUUGCCUGGGUUGGAGCUGCAAGUUCUGUAACCACAGCAUUUCCCAAUCACUGGUCUGCUUCUUUUCUUGGUACAGUUUUAGCUUGAGUUCGUCAACCUUCCUCUCCAGCCAAAUAAUUUCUUCUUCCACCAUUGUCAAUUCAGUUAGCAGCAUCUGUACCUGCACAAUCCAACUUAACAUUAGUACACUGCCUAGAAUUAGGGCAUUGUGACUUCGGCCUAGUACAGUAUAUAUACUUGUCCAACAUGCAACCUGAUGUGAUACAAUCAAUUGAAUCCUUAUAUGUCAAUGUACGGUAUAGAUAUUUUUUCUGCUACCAAACUUUGAGAUAGUUCACCUAAUGCACACGCAACCUACCAAAUUCUAUCGUUUCUGGGCCAAAAUUUCCAAAAAUGAACGUUUGGGGAUGGAAAUUUUCAUCCGUUCACUGGUUUCUGA